GUGACACAAGGUGCGUUGGGGGGUGGGUGGGAGGACAAGUUUGAGAAACCUCUCCAGGCUGACGGUUUGGCGAAUCAGGAGUCUAGUGGGGAGCUCGGUUUGUCGCAUACAUGGAGACCUGACAGGACCCCGACAGACGGUCCUGAAGCUGAACCUGCGGCUGCUGCGUGUUCAGUCUGGGAGGCUGGAGGCAGAAAACAAGUGCACACUGGGAGUUUAACCACAGCGAGAAGCUGGCAACGGUGGUAUGGGCAUGGAAAACACUGGAUUUUGGAUAUUCCUGAUAACAACUUGUGUUGUUCCAGGAGUAAAUGGCCAGAGGGUGGAGAUGGAUGACGGGAAGUCGGGAUUUGUUGGCUCAAAGGUGGAUCUCCGCUGUCGGUUCAUCAACAGCUCCCCGCCCGUCAAAAUCUCCCAGGUAACGUGGCAGAAACUGGUGAACGGCACCAAGCAGAAUGUGGCAAUUGCCAACCCCUCCCUGGGUGUGUCGGUGGCCCCGCCCUACAGGGACCGUGUCACCUUCAAGAACGCAGCAGUGAGGCGGCGAACCCCGACCCUUGAAGAUACAACCAUCACCUUCUCCUCGCUCCGCCUCUCUGAUGAGUCCACCUACAUCUGUGAAUACACCACGUUCCCCGCAGGGAACCGAGAGAACACCGUAAACCUCACUGUCUACGUUCGUCCAACAACUCAGAUGAGUCUGUCCACGCCGACACUGGUGGCUCGUUCGUCCAAUCUUAAAACGCCGGUCGCCACCUGCAUCUCUGCCAAUGGAAAACCACCCGGUAGCAUCAGGUGGGAGACGAGGGUGCCGGGAGAAGUGACCACUCGAGAGUACCGAAACUCAGACGGGACAUUCACUGUUCAGAGCGACUACAUUUUGGUGCCCAGCAGAGAAACACACAAGGAGACUCUCACAUGUGUCACCACCUACAACGAGGAGGUCUUCACUGACAGUGUCACCCUCGAUAUUCAGUAUGAGCCAGAUGUUUCAAUAGACGGGUUCGAUGGAAACUGGUAUCUGAACCGAGAGAACGUCCAGCUGAGCUGUCAAGCUGAUGCCAACCCAGCCGUCUCUCUGUAUCAGUGGAAACUGAUUAAUGGCUCCAUGCCGAGCAAUGCUGAGAUCCGAGACAACGUCCUCACCUUUAAAGGCCCGGUCACGUACGACCUGCAAGGUACAUAUGUGUGUGAUGCAACCAACAGCAUCGGGACACGAUCAGGCUCUGUGGAGGUCAGCAUCAUAGAAAAACCACUACCACAGAUCGCAACAAGUGAUGUCAUCAGCGUAGUCGCCUUAUUACUGGCUGCUGGAGUGCUCAUGGGCAUCACGAUCACAGUCCUGGUGCUCAAAAUAAGAAGCAGAAAAGACAACUCCUCAAAUGAUUCGCCAUCCAGAAAACUGUCCCAGCCAAUAAGGAAAAGACCAGGGGAUGAUAUCCAGCAUUCAGGACGGUUUUAUGAAGAGCUUCCAAACACAGCAGACUAUGUGAGCUACAGACUGGCGUGUAACAAGGAGGACUACCCGGAGCCCUACUCCCCUCCCAUCAACCCUCCUCUCUCCUUUCUGCCCCAGCAUCCCUACCACUCCUCACAGCCAACCACUGCAACCAGCAGCAGCAGCAGCAGCAGCACCACCACUACUUCAAAAAACACCUUCUCUCCUCCUUCACACACCACGGCCAUCUUUAAAUACCCCUCAGUACCAGGCCUGUCUUCUCCUCCCCCAGGAGCGGCGGCAUACACUUUUCCUAAAGAGCAAUACGUCUGAACCGACACCUCUUUACAAACUCAAACCUCUCAGAUGAAACGUCCCCAUUCAAACCCGAAACCUUUCCUAAGAGGGGGUUGGGACAAUAUGCUGAUCCCUGGACUUUCAGGAGCUGUCCCUGCUCUGUCUGUAUCAUUGUGGACGGCUCUGGAGGUCAAAGGACAGUGCAGCUUUUGUUGUUGGACUCGGAGUUAAGUCCAAUUUUGAAACAUUUACUCUUUUUUUUGUCCUGUCUUUUGCUGUGGUAUCGAUUCUUUCAAAAGGGAAGAUUGUUGAACCAUGUGUCAGAUAUUUUCCAGCAAGUUUAAGUUUUAGGUUAGAAGUGGGUCAAGUUAAAGAUGAUUUGACUGUCAUUGGAAUAAGUGUAUGAUGCAUGGAUGUAUUACAUUUGAUUGGAAAAUACUACAGAAUGGAUGGGAUUAUCUCUUGGUGUCCAGUGGUUGAUCCCUUACUUUAUCCUCCAUGGUAUCAGUUUGUUAAAAAAAAACAAAAAACAAAAAAAUAUUAUACUUUCGCUCUCUCUCUCUAAUGCCCACUCUCUCUUUAUCUUGCAUCGUACACACUGACAAUCCCUUUACUGUGGAGCAGCAAAGCUAACCUUUUGGUUUUACCUCCUGUCCUGGUGUAAUACUUUUACUGUGCUUGUAUUUUGUAUCAUUGAUGUUUUUCUUUGAAAA